AUGUUUGGCUCAUCCCGAGGCGGGGUCCGGGGGGGUCAGGACCAGUUCAGCUGGGAGGAUGUCAAGACAGACAAACAGCGUGAGAACUACCUCGGGAACUCCCUGAUGGCACCAGUGGGCCGGUGGCAGAAGGGGAAGGACCUGACCUGGUAUGCCAAGGGCAAGAAGGAGACAGCCACGCCGAUGUCCCGUGAGGAGGAGCUGGCUGCUGUCCGCCUGGCUGAGCAGGAGGCCAUGAUGGCAGCCCUGGGCUACAAGAACGUGAAGAGGCAACCCACUGGCCUCAGCAAGGAGGACCUAGCUGAGGUGUGCAAGAGGGAUGCUGCUGAACGGGACGAGAAGGACGUGGACCGCCUGGUGGGCUUGGGCAGCUCCGGUGGCAGUGCUGGGCGGUUGAUGCUCUCCAAGGAGGACAAGGAGGCAGCCAAGAUGGGGCUCUCGGUCUUCACGCACCAGAAAGUCUCCAGCAGCCCUGAGACAUCCACCUCCAAGAAGAAGCUGGAGAAGGAGGAGAAGGUGGAGGAGAAAAGACCAGAAAGUGGCAAGAAAUCCAAAAAGGAGAAAAAGAAGAAGAAAAAGAAGAAACAGAAGAAGGAGAAGAAGAAAGACAAGCAUCACAAGAAGGAUGCUGCCCCAUCAUCCUCCGAUUCUUCUCCAGAACGAGAUGAGAGGCACCACCGGAGGAAAUCCCACCCCGAGAGACGCCCUGAGCCCUCACGGCGUGACCAGCAGCGUGGGCACGACACAGACUCCUCUGCCAGCAGCUCAGGCUCUGGCUGCAGCCCCUCCCAGCGCCCUGCCCCUCGGCAGAGCCGCAGCCGGGACGCCCGCAGCUGGCACCCAUCCCCGCGGCACAAGGGCAGGAAGAGGAGCAGGAGCAGGUCCCCCCCAGCCCGUGGGGUCCGGCAGCGCCACGACACCGACUCAGAGGGUUGA